GAGAGAGAGAGAGAGAAAGAAAGGGAGGGAACAGCAUGAGUGGAGAGAAUCAGCAGCCAGAAAAGAGAAAGGAGAGAUAGGAGAGAAUGUAUGUUGAAAGGCUAGCGCUUCCUUGCUUGUACCCAGGGCCUUUGUGAAUAAACCAUGGGAUGUAUCGGCUCUCGAACCCUCAGGGAGGCUUCUCUGAUUAUUUUCACUCAGAACUGUACAGAAUCUGACAACAAAUCAAUGUUCAUCAAAAUUCCAAAAACCUCUCCUGCAGCAGAUGGAGUUCCUGUGCAGAAGGAUGGGGAACAGCAUGGCCGAACAGACUUUUCAUGGGAUGGAAUCAAUUUAUCAAUGGAGGACACAACUUCAAUCCUCCCUCGGCUGAAGAAGCAGAACUCCAACGCCUAUGGAAUCGGCGCUCUGGCUAAGUCCUCUCUGACAGGUGUGUCAGGAGUGUCUCGCUCUAUGAAGGACAAGGUGACGAAGCCGACCGCGAUGGCCCAGGGGCGCGUGGCUCACAUGAUUGAGUGGCAGAGCUGGGGCAUGCAGACGGUGGGUGUGGGGGGCAGUGGAGCGGGACGCACCUCCAGUCUGCACCUCCAACAAGAGCGCAAGCUGGAGAAUGACGCAUACAGCGACCUCAGUGACGGAGAGAAGGAGGCUCGCUUCGCCGCAGGUGUGCUUCAGCAGUUUGCGAUCUCUGAGGCGACGCUGCUGGCCUGGAGCUCGAUGGACGGUGAGAGCACAAGCGCUGGAUCGAAUCAGGGGAGCGUAGCCCACCUGAGCGAGGCCAACCAGGAGAGCAUCACCAGCCGAGACCAAACAGUGCACCAUUCCUCUGCAGAGGUGUGGCCUCACAAUUACGUCUCCCAGGGUCUUUACUGCCUUUCUUCCUCUGAUGCUUGGGAGCCAAUUAGUAAUGAACAGUCAGGUGUGGCCUCUCCUGCCACCGGUUCGUAUGUCAUGUCUGUCGGGACCGAGGGAGGAUUUGACCCAAAUGCAGCAGCUCACUUCCUGUCCCAACAGCAGCAGCAGCAGUAUCAGAUCCAGCACCUGCAGCAGAUCCAGCAAUACCAGCAGCAACAGCUCCUGCAGUAUCAGCAACAGAUGAUAGAGCAAAGACUACACAGUGCCACUCAGUCUUUACAAGCUACUCCCAACAGCACCAUCCACAGCCUGCCGCCCCGCACUCACCCCCCACUAGUGGAUCUGUGGGGGGCAGUGCAGACAGAGGCCUACCAGGCAGACAUGUUGGGCUACAUGGGUAUGCCUGUAACAGUAGAUGGAAAUCUAACAGCCCCCACAGAGGAGGUGACGACAGAUCACUCACCUUUACUGGAAGCCCAGGAAGAGGAAGAGAUCAAAGAGGAAGACAUUACGUUAUGCAUGGAACCAGAACCAGUGACAUUAAUUCCAUCUCCAGUAACGCAGAGAGAGGAAGUGACCUCAUUGGGAGGAAGCAGUCCUGGUCAAGCCCCUGGAGAAUUCAGCACAGAGCGCAAGGCGUCUGAUGUCUCACCGUCUGUAAUUGAAGAGCUUGAGGAAAAAGAGGAGGAGUCUGAAUCGUCAUCUGUAGACGUCAUGGCAUCCAACUAAGUGGCCGGAAUGAGACUUGAGCUUGUUUCAGUCAACUUAAUCAAACAAUAUCAACUCCUCUUUCAGGAAUCGAACACAAUUGUGAUGGAAUUCAAGUGACUGCUCCAAUGCAAAAUGGAAAAGCAGAACUGAAAUUACUGCACUGCUUACAUGAAAACUAUUCUUAUUAUUAUUAUUAUUUUGUAAGCCUUAUAUUAUGGAUGUCUGAAAAAGGAAGGCACAGAAUGGGAAAUCCUUGGGACGUAGAAGGGAGAGAGUAAGGAAAACAAAGUUGGAGGUAUGUAAUUCAGGACGAUGAAUAUGAAGAACAGUCGGUUAAAUAUGUGCAUGCUUUUACAAGGAGUGAUGGCACUCGUUAUUCAAAAAUAAAGAAACUAUAGUUAAAUGAUGAUGAUGAUAAUAUGAUUAUUUUCUAAGACAAAAAAACUAAAAUAUUAAAUAUAUAAUUGUAAAAUAGACACUAACACAAGUUUUGACAACCCAUGCCCUUCAGAAUUUCAGUUCCCACACAGAAUAAGAGGUCAAAUGCACUCAAUAUAACACAAAUUAUCCCUUUUUCUAUUUUCACCCUGUUUACUUAAAAACACAAUCGUUUACACAUAAAAAAAAACAAGAUUUGGUAGUUUAUGACACUGCUGGGAGAAACACUGGUUCAAUACAGAGGUUUCUGUGCUGUGAAACAUAAAAAUCAAUUAACUGAAACAAACCACUGCACAGCCUACACAGUUCUGUUGUCUGUUUAUUCAGUAUGUAAGUAUUCAAACCCUCAUUAACUCAAGCAAAUAGAUGUUGUACGUACCAAUCAAAAGUUUGGGGAACCUUCUUUUUUACUAAGACUGCAUUAUUUUUUAAAAAAAACGCAAAAAAAAAAAAACAGUAAUGCUAUUACAGUGUAAAAUAACUGUUUCUAUUUGAAUAUUUUCAAUUGUAAUUUAUUCUUGUGAUGCCAAUGCUGAAUUGCCAGCAACCAUUUCUCCUUUCUUAAGUGUCAAAUGAUUCUUCAGAAAUCUUAUCAUUAUCAAUUUAAAACAAACAACAGUUGUGCUGCUUAAUACCUUUGUGGAAACAGUGAUAGAUUUCUUUUCAGGAUUAUCUAAUGAAAAGACAGUUCAAAACAACGGCAUUUAUACUUUAAGUAGAAACUGUCACUUUAGAUCAAGUAAUUGCAUCUUUGCUUAAUAAAAUAAUUAAUUUCUUUCACAAAUCUUACUGACCCUAAACUUUUGAACGGUAUGGUACAUGCACAAAUAUAUACACCCAUACCUGUGAUGUUCUCCCGUGCUUCCAUGCAAAAUUAUAAAGGAAAUAACGGAGAAAAAAUUUAAUUUAUUAAAUCACCCAACUUAAUUUUUUUUUUAGCCUUUAUUUUCCACAUAACUGG